AACAUGGCGACUGAGAGUCUUGCUGAGCUCCGCGACUGGCUCUUUCUGCUCCUCCUGUGCCUCACCUUAUUGGCUGAGGUGCUGGAACUGGCGGCAGCGGCAAUUGCCAUGGAAACGGGCGAAGGAGAUGAGGGCAUUGUGUGUCCCUCUGUGUGCCGCUGUGAUGAGGGUUUUGUCUACUGCAACGACCGUGGCCUGAGUAUAAUUCCUCCCCUACCAUUAAUGGCUGCCAUCCUCUACUUGCAGAGCAACCGGGUGAAAAACUCCGGCCUGCCUCCCUCACUGGAACGCAGCUCUUCCAUACGAGUAAUUUACCUGUAUGCCAACCAUCUGGAUGAAUUCCCUAUACACCUCCCGCCUUCGUUACGGGAGCUCCAUCUGCAGGAUAAUAAUAUACGAACGUUACCGAGAUCAGCUCUGACAAAGUUACCAUUACUAGAACGUUUGCACCUGGAUGAUAACUCUAUAUCCACAGUUAGCAUCCAGGAGCGAGCUUUUUCUGGGACUCCACGGCUUCGACUGCUGUUCCUUUCUCGAAACCACCUGUCAAGCAUCCCUGCAGGCAUGCCAGCAUCCUUGGAAGAGUUGCGACUUGACGACAACAGAAUAAGCACCAUCCCAACACAUGCCUUCCGUGGGCUCUCCUCCCUUCGACGCUUGGUUCUGGAUGGGAACCUGUUGGCCAACACACGAAUUGCAGAUGACACCUUUUCCCGUCUCUCCAACCUGACUGAGCUGUCACUGGUCAGGAAUGCUUUGCAGUCACCGCCAGUCUACCUUCCUUCGUCUCACCUUGUGCGCCUCCAUUUGCAAGACAACGGGAUGACUCACAUACCACGGGGAUCCCUGGACGGCAUGCGGCGGCUUCAGAGGUUGGACCUGUCGGGAAACAAUCUGACCACUCUUCCACGAGGGCUUCUGAAGGACACAGAAAGCCUGGAGCUGCUACUGCUGCGAGGAAACCCGUGGUACUGCGGCUGCAACCUUCGCUGGCUCCACGCAUGGCUGCACAGCCGGGGGGCUGCGGUGACAGUCAGGGGUCUGACCUGUCAGGGCCCAGAGCCUGUGAGGGGCCAAGCCCUCAGAGAACUAGCCUCCCUGAUGGAGCAGUGUGAAGGCCCUCCUGGUGGUCCCGGUACUGGAAUGGGGAUGAACCCAGCAGAAAAAGAUGGAGGAGGUGAAGAUGACAUUGGAGGGGGCCAAGCUGUGGCUUCGGUUCCCCAUGGCAGCAGCACCACAUCUCCUCUGAUGGUCCCCACUCAAGGAUCCCUCUUCACCCUCAUCGCCAAGCGGCCGGGCUUUGUUAUACCUCUGCCUCCCGGUGAAGGGGGGCAGGUCUCUGGAGAGGCCCUGGAGCUGACUGUAAAACCACUUUCUCCGGACAGUGUGCUGGUGAGUUGGCUUUGCCCCGAACCGGCACCCUCCUUUCGUCUGUCGUGGCUGAGGUUGGGAAGCACUGCAUCUCUUGGUUCCAUAACAGAGACUCUAGUACCUGGAGAGAGGAGGCAGUACUUCCUUACCCAGCUUACCCCAAGCUCCCAUUACCUCAUCUGUUUGCUGCCACUAAGACAGGAAUCCUCUUUUGGGGGUUCCAGCAUGGGUUCAUCUCGAAUUGGCAGCAUGGACACAGACAGUAAAGACUCGAUCCCGACCUGCGCUCAGAUAGAGACUGGAGAGGCUCAGGUCAGCGCAGGAGGGGAGGGGUCUGAUAAAGACGGUAAGGACUCAGAACUAACAGCCCUGCCAUUGGCUGGGAUCAUAGGUGGUGCCACAGCAUUAGUAAGCCUGCUGUUAAUCUUUGGCAUCUUCUGCUGGUAUGGACAGAGAUCAGGCUAUGUGUCCGGGGACUCAGGUACAUACGGCAGGGGCCGGGGUGGAAAACAUUAUGAUGACUAUGUUGAGUCGGGCACCAAGAAAGACACUUCCAUCUUAGAGAUCAGGGCACCUCCUGCAGGGUUUCAGAUGACAGCUAUGGCCCAUCAGCCCCUGCAGCCUAAGCUGGAGGACGUCACCUACAUCCACACCAUUUUUCCCUCUUCUUCCUCUUCCUCUUCCCAAGCUAACGGGACAUACAGGAGCAGCCAUGGAGCCGGCAGCCUCAAUGGCACCAUCCUCAGCCAAACCAGCCACCAUCGUGUCACUUAUGGUACCAACCGGGGCUACCGAGAGGGUGGGAUCCCCGACAUAGAUUAUGCCUAUACGUGAUGAUACACGGAAACACUCCCUGAACCACUAAUGCCCGGCGCCAUUUCUAUGAUGACGACCCCUUGGCUGGUGGCCAUUUGUCCUUGGUUUCCAAAGUACCCUCUGUGCCUCUGAUGGUUCAAUUCUGAUUGGUUUGCUAAGUAGAAAAGACUGAUUUUGGCUAUGUUGAAUUGACAUUGCUGUUGAGUGACAGAAGUAACAGUCCUACUAUACUCUACUACUGUAUACUACUUUAUACAGAAAUACUUUCUUUCAGCGCUGAUUACAGUUAUAAAUGGUUACGUUUUCUCUUUUGGAUAUCUCAGUGUCUUUUAAACCUACUGUUCUUCUCAGCUCAUUAUAAUACACAGUAACUUAUUUGAGGUUGAUAUACUAGGCUUAGCUGAUUUAGCAGGAGAUAUAUUUAUUAUAUGAGGAAAAGGCACUUGAUGUGUAUAGAGAUAGGUCUCAUAUCUUCCUACCAACUGUAAGCUCUGUGCUGUAUAGAUAAAAGGGAUGACGGAGGGAAAAAUCAAUGGUUGUUAUAACCCACAGAUGACAAUGCAUCAUGGUUGACAUGAAAAGAUGUGUUCCUAGUGUCCCCUUUCCCUCUAGUUUAUUCCCCUCCUUUUUAAUUUUAACACGUUUCAGCCUCUUUCGCUUUUCUUUUUUUUUGUGGCUGUGGCUCUUUCCUUUUAUUUCUCUUGUGUCUUUUGUGGUGCCGUGAGCAGAGGACGACUUUGUUCUCGCCAAGGGAGCUGACAGCAGUGAUAACAGUUCUGACAGAGACAGGAGACACAAACCACAGAAUGGGGAGACUAAUGAGAGGGGGAGAGAGAGAGAGAGCGGGGGUGAUGGAUAUAUGGAUGGUAAGAAAAUAAAAUAAGACAAGGAGAGAGAGGGGUGCUGUUUUGGGGAUGGAGGCGCUGAGAGAGGUGUGUUGGCUGAAGGCAGACAGCGAGGACAGAAAAUGAGAGAAAAAGGGAAGAUGAGGAAAAAAGGGCGUGUGACAAAUUCAGCGGCAGGAGGUAGAAAAGCAGACAAAAGGAAGAAGAUGGGGGAUCAAGAAGGAUGCAGGCGGGGGGAAAAGAGGGGUGAUCAUUGGAAUAUUGCGUAAUCAUCAUCCAAAAUGUUACCCAAGUUUUACCCUCAGUGUAUCCACUGCUGCACUCAGCAAAUACAUGACUUCACACUUCCAUCAAGGACUGAUGUUUUCAGUUUCCUGUGAUCAAAAUGUAAAGAAUCAAACUAAAUUGUUACAGCAGUUUUCGCCUGUAUCUUUAUCAUGACAUGGAACCAUUAAGAUGCUAAUGUUUGUAGGACACAAGGAAAAUAAGGAAUUAAAGACAAUCAGAGAAAAACAUAAUAAGUAAAAUAAUUGCCACGACUGCAGGACAAAUGACUAGCUUGAGAAGGACAGCUAUUAAAAUCUCAGAAUUAAGAAAAAGUAUGUACCCAUGUUCACAAUUUCUAUUGUAGUCUGGUCUUAUUAAAUUACAUUUGCAAAUGAAGUGUAAGAAACGUAAUUAUACAUCUUAAAAUAGUAACCCAUUAUCAUCUUGAGGCUGGUUAAACCUACUUAAUUGAAAUAAGUUUUAGCAGCUAAUGAUUUUUGUGCGGAACUCUCUACUCUAAUAACUCUUUGCUCAAAUUAAUUCAUAACAAUCUGUCUUUCCAAUUUUAAUCUGAAAGUUGAAGUUGUAAAUGUUUUAUAGAUAUUUAAAGUAGGUAUACGUGUUGGCAAAAUGAAUUAGACUAAUUAUGUAAUUGAAAAAAUAAUUGUCAGAUUAAUCACAAAGAUUUGUAUUAUCUCAAAGUAUGUCUCAGUAAAAAAAUCCCAAUACUACAAGAUAUAUUUUAAUUUGCAUUCUCGGAGAAAAGUACAAAUAUCAUACAGUUUUACAGGCCAAAGUCCAGCAUAGACAGUCAUAAACAGGGAUCCCAGCCUGACCGCUACACUGUGCAGUUUAACAAACAAACAUAUAUGUACACACCGCAUGAAGAAGGAAGCAGCACCUGCUCUCCGACUGCCUCUCACUGACUCCACUAAUAUACUUUACUGGAAGAGGAACAUCAAAGGAAAAGACUAACAAACAUGCCAGACAUGAAAAGAGAAAAAGGAGAGGGUGGAGAGUGAGAAAUAAAGAGCGAGGCCGUAGAGGGAAGGAUCCUGAUGAGUGAUAUUCAUGUAUACAGAACCACCAACCGAUUCUUACUUACAGAAGCUCUCUUUCUCUUUUCCGACCUGGGUUAAUGUCGUAACCAGUCGUAUAGGACCAGCUCGUGCGGAUUCUUUUAUUUUAGUUGCAUUUCUUUUUCUUUUCUUUUUUUAAAAGCUUCCUUUUCUAUUCUGUGCAAAAAAAAUCCUUUUUCCUUUUGAAAAUGUCACCCUCAGAUGUGAUAAUGAAAACACUCUUAUGUAUAAACAUACAAAUGGGUGCAACACGCUAUUCCAUUUAUUGGUCUGUCGUCUUUUUUUCUACAAGGAUGAAUAAAGACUUCUAAAAAGAAAAAGUAGU